GUUCUAAGAUACCUUUGUACAAAGAUUCCUAUUGCAUUUGUUUUUUCUCCCAUAGUGUUUGCAUUUAAAUCUUGGUCAUUUUUCCAGGGCAAAAUUUCUGCAUGGCACAUAUUGAGGAAUUAUGUACAAAGCUUGCUUUUAUUUCUCAUGAGCAAAUUCAAAACAUUGUUUUAUUUCUCUCUUAGUCAGAGGGCCUGGCAAAGCAUGUGGAUUCUUUUACAAGGAUGUUGUCCUUGUUACAACUCAAAGAGAGGACUCAUUUUGUACUAGCCCCAGUACUGGUGGAUGAUUCAUUUGAUGUCAACUCAUUGAGGUAUUUGGAAUCAUUUUUUGAGUGCAUUGAGAAUGAUUUUGAUGUUGUUCUAGCUGAGAUAGAGAAGGAAAUUAGCAUGGCAAAUAUUGAUGUUUCUGUCUUAUUGCAAGACGUUCUGCGAAUGAUUGUGCCAGCCAUUGAUGCUUGAAUUGGAAGCAACGAGCAUGUUUAGGUCUUGUGUGGGUAAUCAAGUCUUAUGUGAUGCUAGGAGUGAAUUUUGGUAGUGAGAAGUUCUUAUUGGUUUCUUGUUCCAUAAUUGAGGGAGCAGAGAUCAAUAAGAGCCUUCUAGCACUAAAGGAAUGUAUCCGUGCUCUUGACAAUGAUCAGAUUCAUAUCCCAUUUCGUGGGAGCAAACUCACAGAGGCGCUUCAUGAUUCUUUUAUGGGCAACUCGAGGACUCAUGAUUUCUUGCAUUUCCCCAAAUGCAGGCUCCUGUGAACAUACACUUAAUACCUUGAGAUAUGCUGAUAGGGUUAAAAGCCUCUCCAAGAGUGGUAAUGCUAAAAAGGAUCCAGUCCUAAGUCCCACUGCUAGCAAGGAAUCUUCAUCAGCAUCAUUGUUACCUGUUUCUGGGAGGUUAGAGGAUCCUUUUGACCAAAACCAAGAGGUUAAAGUGGCUGAUCCGAGUCAGAGAGUUGUAGAAAAUUUCUCGUAUAAUUCUACUGCCGACUUUGAUAGACACUCUUCCAGCUUCCCAGCAAAUUACCCCUUUAAUGGAAGGGAGGAAAGCGGGGCAACUUCUAGUUCUCUAGGUCGGGAGAUGGUUGAUGUGAAAAAUGGCUUUGGAGGUUCGAUUAGUAAUAAACCAUUUUCAUAUGCUCAAAACUCAUAUGAUAUAGCAGAGGAUGAGAAAGUGCAGAAGGAAGAAAAGGCUCUCAUUUCAGCUCAUAGAAAAGAAAUUGAAGAGACGAUGGAGAUUGUGCGUGAAGUAAGUCUGUCUUACAUCGGCUCUCUGCUACCCUUUUAAUUCAAGAUCACCAAAGAUGCUUUCAGACAACCGAACAAGCUGUAGUUGUUCAUCAGCCAAGCAAAAGUCAUACCCAAAUCUUGCGUUGUGACUUUGUAUUAAUUGUGGAACCUAAUGUUGUGUAAUAGUUUGAUUGAGUUUGUUUUGAAAACUUUAAAUAGUAAACAAGUGAGAUUGAUUGUUUGAUUGAGUUGUUAACUAUUUUGUUGGUAUUAUGGCUUUCAUGAUUGAUUGUUUCA